AUUGACCGCUGGAAUUGUCUCCUGCGGUACUACAUCGCGAAAUGUGCUUACCCAGUGCUGCUCCUCCUGGUUCUCCAGUAUGCUAUCCUGUAAGAAACUACAGCAAAUCUCGCAAAAGAAAUGUGUCUUUGCAAGAAAAAGAACAAUACAAGUCUACAGAUUAUACCCAUGAAAAUAAUUCACCAUUGAAAAAUAAGCAAGUUAUCCCUGACACCGUCAACUCGCAAACGAGACAAGACAACAACUUCAAAGCUCGACAAGCCUGCGAGCGUCGCGAGAAAUCUCGUAUCGCAGCUAAACAACGUAGGCAUCGUGAAAACCAAGCUCUGGUUGAACUUUACUUGGCUCUUCCGAUUCAACAAAACCUGGCUGCAGAUGUUCUGAGGAACAAAUGUCAGAAGAUGACGCAUUCCGAAUUAGAAGAUCAUGAGCAAAUAUCAGAAAGUUUAUCAAGAGGUGGUUCCUUAAGUGUCAACAAUGAACUUAGCUUUGCUCCGACCUAUCGCCUUGCUGCAACCAUAUUCAGACAACACAAUUUGUCUACACCAGUGCUAGAAAAGGCCGUUAUUGUGCGCAUAGCUAGUAAUGCUUUGUGUAUAUACAACUGGCUUCAUCCGCUAUUUGAAUCAGAUGUGAAUGUCAAAUUGCAACGUAAAUUACCACUAUUAGAUUAUCAGUCGGCAGAGUCAGAUUCAUCCUUGUCUUCAAUUGAGUUAUCUCACUUUUAUACGUCUGUUGGUGAUGGCGAUAUUAUUCUCCCAACAGCUCCACCUAAUUUUAACUCAACUAUUACUGGUACUUCUACUACUACUACUACUACUAAUAAUAAUAACAAUACCAUUACAAAGACUACAUUGAGCGUGCAUUCAAAAUCGUUGAUGGCGAUUAUUGUUGAUACUACAGAAAAUACUAUUGUCUAUUCUCCACCAGCGUAUACCGAUUUGAUUGGCUUGUCAUGGGUUACCACAAUUGGUCUGAAAUUAAGUGAAUUAGUCGCUAGACAAACAUCGAUUGGAGUUUCUUCAGAAUUAAGAACCCAUCAGCAUCAUCAUUCACGUGUUUUGCAAGAUAAUAAGCACACAAUUAUUGAUGAAAUCACAAACUGCAAACAAAAAUCUGCAAUUGACCACUAUGAUUUCGAAUGUGCUUUAGCAGAUCAAGCAGUGUCGUCUUCAUACUCUUCCAAAUCAUUUCAAAAUAACCGGUAUGCACAACAACUAGAAUGUAUAUCUUCUGAUAUGAUUUGGCCAUCAUCAACUGGUGUGACCGAUCGACCGAUGUUACUCAACUCAAUCUUACCGACAACAGUCAAUCCUCUUUCACAUGCAGAGUAUUUGGAUUAUUCAAACAGUGAAACAGAAACGGGAAGUACGCAUCAUUUCCAAGAUCCUAAUGCCAAUUUUACUACAACUGCUACUACUACUACUACCAAUUCAGCAACUAUUAAACGUACAAUGGAUCAGUAUGCUAUUUGCUGGAAUAGUUCAAUGACGUGCUUCAAUGAAUCGCUUCCGUUAUCAAAUGAUGCAACGACAGAUGUAACGUCAUCAUCAUCGGUAUUAUCAGUGCCGUUCAUCCCAUCACAAGGGAAUUAUAAGCCUGCUGAUAGAAUUCCCUCGAGUAGCAUUAAGGCCAGUACUAAUUGUGCUACCUCACUGUCCAUCAGUGGCAUUGAUAACUUUCACAACAACACGAAAAUAACUCAUAAUAAUGGUAGUGAUAUUGAAUUUCCACCAUACCGAAAUCAAGUUAAGAAGGAUUUAAAUCUUCGAAUCUAUCUUUUGCAACCUAUGUGUUUGAAUAAAGGAAAUGGUAACACAGGUGACUACCUCAAUAAAGACAAUCAUGGAGUGUGUACUAUUAAUAGUAACAAUACAAACCAUAAUAAUUAUAAUACUACAUGUCGCAGUAAAACUAAAGGCAGUUACGACUUCUUAAAGGAUUCAUCAUCUACAGAGCUGAAUAACAAUAAUGGUGUAUAUGAAUACAAGACGAAUAUGAAAUUUGUUGAUCAACCUACUUGUUAUACGGGACUAUCAGCUUCGUUUAAAACAUACCAUUCUAUGUCAAACCUAAAAUUCAUGGAUAUGGAUCAUAACUUCCUAGCUCUAUCUGGAUAUACAGACGUCAGCCUACUGAAUAUUUCCUUAUUCGAUAUCGUGCAUGUUGAUGAUUUAGCGCAUAUAUCUGAAGCAAUAAACAUGGUUAAUGAAAAUCAACCUGUAAUUACCUCAUUUUACCGUAUACGUAUGAAAUGUGGGCAGUAUUGUUGGGUUCGUACUCUAAUCUCUUGUUUAACACAGCCACGCUGUCACCAAUCAAAAUCUCUUGUAUCCACAACUACUGGACACUAUGGUCAUCGAACGGUUUCUGAUAAAAAUUUGAACACUUGCAGUAAAUGUUAUCAAUCGUGUGAUGGAUAUUGUUUGAAUACGUCUAUAAACAAUGCCUCGAGUUACUCAGCAUUUGGUGGGGUGGAAAAUUCAUCAAUGAACAGUGCAAAUUCAAUUUCUGGUAGUUCAAUGAAUUCCGUUUGUGUUGAACAUCCGAAUAGUUUUAAUUUAAACAACAAUUACAACUCUUUGGAUACACUAGUCUGUUAUCACCAGUUCGCCCACUUAUACCAGCACAGUGACUUAUGUGAAAGUUUUUCGUCCACGCAAGAAUUGUUAUCGAAUUAUGAUCUUAUCAAACAACAACCGGUUUCUAAUCUGAAUAAAUAUGAACAAUUGGACGUAUACAACUUGAAAUCUGAGCCAGUAUUCACUUCGCACCUGUUGGGUAAUCAAGAUUCAAAUGUCAGAACUAGUAACGCGAGAAAUUAUAAUAAAUCAAAUUUUCACCAGGAUACAUCCAAUUUCAAUUCAAAAUCGAAUUCGUAUGCAACAUCCCUGUUGCAGGAUCCCUUGUCAACGUUUCCUACUCAAGACGAAAUGUACACAAACAAAAAAGAUCAGAUGGAAAAUGUGUAUGAUUGUGUAUCUUAUCCAGGAUAUUCUGGAUCAUCAUCGAGUGAAUCAAGCCUAUUUGACGCAUUAACCUCACCACCGUCACCACUGAAUGAAAGUAACAAACAUCAUAAUAAUUGCUACCACAACAAUCAAAAGCAACAGCUUUUUACACAAGAAGAAAUCCCCCUGGCUAUGAAAAUAAUUGGAAUGAGUAAUGUGAGUAGUGAUCAGGAGAUUAUUGAUUCAAGUACAAUCCCAUCGAAAAAUGAAUUAGACGGUUAUUCACUGGAUCCUCCAUUGAAUCAUUCAGCAGCAGCAUCUUCGUCUGCUGUUAUUUCUACUGCUCCGGUAUCACUGCAUAAACCAUCUGCAUAUCUGAAUGAUAUUUAUUCCAAUAAAUCCAAUUCAACUAAUUCAAGAAGAGCUAUUACACCGGCGACAAAUACUACUGUUAAUGACAAUAUGAAUUGCAUGACUAGUCAUCCAAUGGGACUAUCAUCAGUUAAGAACCAGGUAAGCUUGUAUAAAGUUGGUAUUGAAUUUAAAGAAAUUCGACAAGUUAGUACAUCAUUUUUGUUGUGUGUUUUUUUUAUUCUCCACUAUUCAGUUAUAUCUGUUAGACGUUUAUGCUCUUAAAAUCCAGUGUGAUUUAGAUUACAUUCAUGAUCAUCACGUUGGAAAUUACUCUGGUACUCUAAAAUAUUUUAUAUUCUUUAUGUUAAAAAAUACCAGAUUCUCGCUGAACAGAUGAUAUCAUGUAGGGCUAUGUGGAUGUGUGAAAAGUGUUCUAUGAAAUACAUCACUGCGUAUUACUUCUAGGUGUUAGAAUUCUAUAGAUGAAAACCCGCGAUCUUGAUUGCACACUUGUUGGCGUAAAUCAUUACAUAUAUCUUCAACCUUAAGAACCUCAUAUUAUCUUUUACCUUGGAACCUGCAUUAUUCAAAGAGUUUACUAUUGGGAAACUAGUGUAAGGAUAGGCCGCUUACCAUAUAACAGUCGACUUACCUAUCUAGUUCUAGUUGCGGAUGUAUCUAAUUUGCAAUUUUUUUUUACUUCGGCUAUCUCCUACGGGAGGAUGAGCCGGCUUCAUGAACAUCUCGAAUCAUCGCUGCCCAGGCGCGGGGAUCUGAUGAAGAGAGUUCAUGAAGUUUCAUGGGAAUUUGGUACGAGUGAUGUCCCCAGAAUCGCUCGGCCUUUUGUUUGAGAGUGCAGCUCUAGCCUUUACACAACCAAAUGUGACCUACAAGGCAGUAGGAGUGGAGUAGGGAGUCCACUAUCCAUUGGCAGCCGGUGACCGGAGUUCGGUUCAUACGCCUUUGUGAAUGGGGCUAGACAUCCAGGACAUCCAACAAGCCCUUUGUCCAUACGUCUGCCGGUGAGCCAUCUCCCCUAGACUGUCAUCCAAUGGACAGUCAACCCGGUGGAGAGCGCCGGGCAUCCGCUUUCGCCCUCUCACUUUGGUGAAGAAACACCUCCGCCACGUGAAGGCAGUGAGUAGGACUUCCUCAGGAGAGGCUAUGUAAGACGCCCGGUCAUAUGGGAGCAUUUCAAGAGGUGUGCGGAGGGGUGGCCAGCCCGCAGCGCAAGGCACCCACCCCCGACCAUCCUGAGGCUUUGGAGGCCUAUGAUUAAUCUCAGUUUCACAAUACGAUAAUGUAUAGGGAAUCGAACUACUCCACCAACAAAUGCCAAAUGUUAGUGAAACUCUUUCUACUGAUUGACUGUGCACAUUUUAUAUCAGAAUAGUGUGCAUUACCAUGCACAGCAGUGAUCACAUUUUUCACGUUUGUCCAAUCCAUUUAAGUUACAUAAGUUACUAUCUGAUGAAGAAUUAAUAUACAUAUUGACUUUGUUUAAAGUGCCUGCUGUUUCGUGAUAAUAGGCAAGUGAAAGAAAGCAUUUGCUCAAGUUAUUCAUACUUGAGUUUCAGGGGGAACACUAUUGCUCACUGGGGGGAGGGACGCAGGUACAUUCAGAUGACGAGUUCAGAAUAGGAAUAAACUCGGAUCCUUAAAUUCACUACUAACCACCAUCAACUAAGUAACAUCAUGUUAUCCCUAAGGCAUAUUUCAAACGUCGUCCGUAUUAGGAAGGUCUAUGCUAAAGUAGAUUACAUAUUCUGUCCAAGGAAAAAGGUAAUCAACGGGAAAUUCAAAAUAAUAAUUUCAUGCGCAAUUUCAUUUCAUUCCAGAUGAAAUUAUCAUGAUUAACUGUUUAAACCAACUACCACGCCUGGUUGUUAAUUGCUCACCUACACGGUGUCUGCCGCUGUGAUUUAUUUAUUUUUUUUCGACACAAGAAACAAAUCAUAUUUAUUUUCAUUUUAUCGACUAAUUUAUGUCUAGUAGUAGGAUAACAUAUUUUAAAUAAUAGUGAUUGUGUAUCCACAUGAUAAUCGCUUACUGUCAAUCAGAGGAUAAUACCUCCACUACUAUUUGCUCUUCACCACUUUAAUAGAAGCUGUUACCACAAAGUCACAGAUAGGGCAUAGUGAUUUUAUAAUACAAACGUUAAGAUGGAUUAAAAUUCUGAUAUGUGUAAUUAGUUCAUUUGUGCACAUGUAAGUCGAUAACUGCAGCUAGAUAUGCUUAUGGAAAUGUAGAGUUACACUGUCGCUCGAUUGCUCAAUGAACAGAUUCAUUGUAUAACAACUAUAUAUAUAUAUAUAUAUAUAUAUAUAUAGUCUGUUUCAUUUCUGUGCUUAUGGUAUUCGGGACUGAUGUCUUAACGGUAUAUAACCUUAGGGAACAAAUGUUCCUGUAUUUUUCUUGUAAAGAGCCUUUCUUAUGUAAUGUUCAGCAAUAAAUUGAUUCCCCAUAAAAUGUAAAUUCCUCUAUGAUGCGUUAUUAGGAUACAGUUUAAGAUCCUUAGUUUCGGUAUGUAUCUUGAGAUUAUUUUAUAUUUUUGAUGUAUUUUUGUAUAAAAUCUGUUUAAUUUGUUAGACGUUCGAAGAAAUGCGACGUAAUCUAACAGUUUACUCUUUUGAAGAACCCAUAAACAAUAAGAAUUCAUACGAAUCUAACAUAAUCGACGACGGGCAUAUCUCUAAAUUUUCUCAUCAUGAUCCUUACUGCCCAAAUCCUCAUUUCUAUUGUCGUUCUUACGAUUAUGCUAAUGCUAACGUGGCUAUGCAAGAUCCAGCUUCUGAGUCGAAAUUGAAUAAUGCAGAUACUUUCGACUGUUCAAAAGAUGACACCAACCAGUCUCAUCUACUCCCACAAGCCCAAAUCUGUCCAGUGUAUACUGGUGUUGUGUAUAAGGGACCCGAUAGUGUGUAUACGGUUCCUUUGAAGAAGCCUCGUCUAUGUAGUCCAGUCAAAAAUACAUCUAGUGAAAAUCAUGACAAUUUCACUAGUGUAAACGAUUGCAGUUAUCUGAAUGAACUUAACUGCAAUUAUUUGGUAAAUAAUAGUCGUUGUGGUGGAUCUAAUAGUCAGUUGUUUACUGGACCAUCAACAUUUUAUGAUGACUGUUCAUCUGUUGGCAAUAAUACUAAUAGUCAUGACGAUAAACAUUUUUCAGAUGGAGAUUAUCACUUUGACUGUUAUGAUCAAUCCUAUGGUUAUUACUACUGUCAACAGGACCCGCAACAACACCAUGAACAAUUCACAUUGGGACAACAACAACAUCCUACUUUUGGUGGUUUUAUGAACAGAACAGUGAUAUACUGAAUGAUAAGGUAAAGAAGUAAUAUCGUCAAUUGUAAUGAGGAGUCAUGUUGUCUGUUACCGUUGCACCCUGUCUACUCUCUCUCUCUCUCUCGCUCUGCACAUUUAUUUUCUUUUGAUGAUCACUUGUUCUCUACCGGUUUCUAUUUUUACAAAUAAAUACAAUACUGAUUUCAUGGAGUUUAUCUUUCACUGAUAUUUCAGUUCCUAUCGUCUAUAUGUGACAACAAAGUAAAUGAGAGUCAUUUGUUCUUACUUAUUCACUUAUGGUAAUCAUGGUUUUUUGUGUUUGUCUGUUUGUUGUUGUUGUUGUUUUUUAAUGUCUGAUUAAAUUGAUAGAUUGAUUCAUUUCCAUACUUACUGUUCUUGAAACGAAGGCCAUAAAGGAACAAAGAGAAUAACAAAGAUAACUUUAUUUGAUUUAAUUUUAUUCGCUAUGUUACUUGUGUUCCCCUACCCCCCCCCCGUUUUGUUUUUGUUUUGUGUACUUAAUCUUUUUGUACUGUGAUUAAAAAUAAUUUAUUUUGUGAUAGAUAAAAAUAAAUAAACAAAAUCAUGUUUUAUGAAAAGGAGUGCAGAUUAGAAAAAUGCAUGAAUGGAACUCAAAAGGUAUGCCAACAAACUAUUUCCCAGUAUAUAUAUAUAUAUAUAUAUAUAUAUAUAUAUAUAUAUAUAUAUAUAUAUCACCUUGUUAUUCUCAUCGUCACUGUUCCCCACUUAUCUACGUCAUCUCUGCUAGCUUAGUUGUUUUUCAUCCUUUUUUCUUGUUGUACUCGCUGUAGUCAUUGUCAGCCGCUUUCAACUGAUGAAAAUGCCUGCCUACUCUAUUUGAUUUAGUCCACCUGUCUAUCUGUAGUGUUUUUUAUUUCUUUCAUCUGGUGCUUAAAGCAUUUCUUCUGGUUGCAUACUCUACAAAAUUUUAGGCAUAUAUUAUCCGUGUUACUUCUAUCUCAGUUUCUCUUGUCUGCCAAUUUCUUUUGAAACGCUUUUACUAUCAUUUUAGUAGUAGGCAACAAAUCAUUUUUUGUUCAGUAGUUUCUAUGAUUGAUAUUUUGUAUUCUUUAGAAAAGUUAACGUACCCGCUAAGAUUCUCGCAAAUACCCCUCUACUUUGUACUUUUUUUCUUGCCGAAAAACAAAGAUAUUUUGAGUCCCCUUUGAUUUUGCCAUUCAUAGGAAGAAUUUUCCAAUUCAAACAAUGGCUAUACUAAAUUUGUGCUAAAGAGAAACUUAUUGAUGAUUAUAGUUGUUAUUUUGCUUUUUUCUCUCUUUUAAUUCUCCUGGUGCUUCUCAUUCUGAUGCGUGCAUGUUGUAUGUGUGUGUGUGUGCUGUUUAUGUUUUACGUCUAUUCCCCUAAUUUUGUAUUUGCUAUUAUUGUUAUUGCUUCCUCUGCGCCCAUAUGUGUAUGUGUUUUUUAAGUGAUUGAAUUCAUCAAAAGAUAUCUUACUGCUGUGUAUCUUUCUCUCACCAUUUCUUGAUAAAUC